GCCGGGCCGCCCAGGCCCACGUGCGCGGCGCCCGGGAGCCGGCAGAGCGGGGCCACCAUGUGUUGCCGUGAGCGAGCCGGCGGCCGGGGCAGCGCCUGAGCGCCUCCCGCCCGCGAUGCUGCGGGGCGACGCGGGGCUCUACGCGACGCGGCCUCCCCCCGUCCCCUCGCCGCCUCCUCCUCCAUGAGCACCUCGGCGGCGGCCCCCGUCAGGCUGAUGCCCAGCGGGCACCCGGAGCAGGCGGCCGCCGCGCCGCCCGCGAAGCUCCUCUGCGCCGCCGCGGGCCCGGCGCCCGGCCGGGACAGCCCCGCCGCCAAGGUGCCGGGCGGCCCGGCGCCCUCCGCCGCCCCGCAGCCGCCGCGCCUGGCGGCCGCCCCCGCGGGGACCGUGGUGGUGCGGGUGGCCGCCCCCGGGGGCCCGCGGCUGGUGGCACCCAAGGGGCCGCCCGCGGCUACUCUCCAGCUGCCGGCCAACUUCCAGCUGCCCCCAGGAACUGUUCUUAUCAGAAGCAGUAAUGGCCAACUAAUGCUAGUAACUCAACAAGCAAUAGCACAAGCACAGAACCAACCACAAAAUAACACGAGCGUGAGGCCAUCUGUACCGACCAGCACACCUGCAAUCAGAAUAUGUACUGUACAGAACUCUGGCACCCAUUUGCUAAAGAAAGUAGUAGCUACUCCUGUGAAACCAUUAUCUGAAACAACAAAUUCUGUGGCUUCUACUGUUCAGCCACCUGCUGUAAUACAGCCAGCAGCUGCAACAGCUAGUGUUACUACAGUUACUGCUGUAAAGCCUUCGAGUACUGGAACACCUGUAAAACUUCCAGUUACAGGACCACCUGCACAAGCUAUCUCCCAAAAGGCAGUCUCUGUGAAAGCAGAGGGCACAACAGUAGCACAGACCAGCGCUUCUACAGAGAUGCUAGAGAAUGUGAAGAAAUGCAAGAAUUUUCUUGCUACGCUAAUAAAGCUGGCAUCUAGUGGACCUCAAGCCCCUGAGAUGGGGCAGAAUGUGAAGAAUCUCGUACAAAAUUUAUUGGAAGCAAGAAUUGAACCAGAAGAGUUUACAAAAAAGCUCUACAAAGAGCUCAAGUCAUCUCCACAACCAUAUUUAGUUCCUUUUCUCAAGAAAAGCAUGCUUGCCUUACGGCAGCUAAUGCCCAAUGCUCAGAGCUUUAUCCAGCAGUGUAUGCAGCAGCCAGCUCCAACCCAAGAAGCUCUUUUGACUUGUACCUCUGCAGCACCGUCUUCUGUAACAGUCACAGCCUCUCCAGUUAUAAAACCAGCCCUUGCCAGCACAUCGGCAACAGCUUCUAUGCAGACGGUGAAGCCUGUUUCUUCUGCAGUGGUGGCAGCAUCUCUUCGGCCUGCAGCUUCAGUCCUCACCACAACAAUAGCAACGUCAGGGCUGACUGCUAUCCAAACUGUCAAGCCAGUCUUCACCUCUGCAGUAGCAACGUCCUCUCUCCAGUCUGCAAAACCACUGCUGGUCACUACAGCAGCAUCUUCAGCCACAACCCCUCUGCAGUCUUUGAAACCGGUCGUUGGAACCCCAAUCAAUAUUAAAGUCUCACAGACAAACUCUGUUGUUGCGCAGUCAGUAGGUGCUCAGCAAGUGGUUAAAGUGAAACAGUUGGUAGUCCAACAACCAUCAGGAACCAUUGUAAAGCAAGUGUCCACGCUCCCGCAACCCUCAACGCUGACCCUACAGGCAUCUGCUGAGAAGAGGAUGCCACAGAAUACACUUGUUCAAACCAGCCACUUUCCUGCAGGCUCCAUUCUGAAACAAAUUACCCUGCCAGGAAAUAAAAUUCUGUCGCUUCAAGCAUCUCCUGUUCAGAAGGCUAAAAUAACAGAGAACGGAGUAACAUCCUUCAGUAGAGAUGAAGAUGACAUAAAUGAUGUGACUUCUAUGGCUGGGGUCAAUCUUAACGAGGAGAAUGCAUGCAUUUUGGCAACAAACUCUGAACUCAUUGGUACAGUGAUCCGCUCUUGUGCAGAUGAACCUUUUCUGUCCUCGGAAGCGCUUCAGAAGAAGAUCUUGAACAUAGGUAAAAGGCAUGACGUUAUGGAACUUAACUCUGAUGUUGUGAACUUGAUCUCCCACGCUACACAGGAGAGAUUACGAGGGCUCCUAGAAAAACUAACUGUAAUUGCUCAGCACAGAGUAUCAAACUACAAGGGGAGUGAUAGGUACAUCGUAUCUAGUGACACCAGAGCACAGCUGAGAUUUCUUGAAAAGCUUGAUCACCUAGAAAAGCAGAGAAAAGAUGAAGAGGAACGUGAAAUGUUGCUUCGAGCAGCCAAGAGCCGUUCCAAUAAAGAAGAUCCAGAGCAACUGCGGUUAAAGCAGAAAGCGAAAGAGAUGCAACAGUUGAAGUUAGCACAAAUGCAACAGAGAGAAGCCAACCUCACAGCUUUGGCAGCCAUUGGACCAAGAAAGAAAAGACCGUUGGAUUCAUCAAAUGUUGGAUCUGGACUGGAGGGUUUGAAUGGCAAUGGAAUUCCUCCUGGAUCAUCAGGUUUUAGCCUUACCAAACAGCUGCUCUGUCCAAGAAUAACCCGUGUCUGUCUCAGGGACUUGAUAUUCUGCAUGGAACAAGAGAGGGAGAUGAAGCAUUCUCUGACCUUGUACCGUGCUCUUCUGAAGUGAUCUGAAUUUUACAUUUUACCUUGCUGUCUACUGCCAAAGAAAACACUGAAGCAUCGUUGCACUGUCUUGAAAUUCCAAUUUCUGGAAGAUGAUCCGUUGUAAGGAUAACUCUUGUUUACAGAUAAACAUUUUUAUUAAAUACCUAACCUAGCACCUGUAGGGGUUUUAAUAAUAUUUGGCUUAAACCAGUCUGUAAACCAGUGAAAACACUGAGCUGCACACACAAGCACCUGACUACCUGCUUGCAUUUAACUGUUUUGCAGGCUCUGAGGGCUUGAUACAUGUCCCUGGUUUAUGUAUGUCGCUUGCAUUGGUAUGCCAGAGUCUGCAACAUCUGUUCUACAUGUAGUGCCUUCUUCUAAUCCAACCUUAUUUAGGGAAACAACACUUCAAAAGAACUUCAUAGCAUGGCAACUUACUUAAUCGCGAGCCAGCAGUCAGUCAACAUGCUAAUGUAUUGCCUGUCUGACUCAGCAUCUUAAUUUUUCUCGGUUUAGAAUUACUAUUGGAUACUCGCUUGUGGAGAGCAAAGUAGCAAGCAAAAGGAAUGAGGGGUGCUUUCUCCCCCUCACCUCGCCCCAGCUGCCUUCCCCCUUUCCUCUGAGAAAAUGACUGAGGGAAGGUGAACAAAUUGUUUUUCUGGUGAUUGAAGUACAUCAGACAGUGUAGUUAGGGCAUACUUCGAUGUUCGGGGACCAUAUGGAGUUACUAAACUUGAAUACAGGGAGUGAAAGACCCUAAAAAGGAGUGGUAAACAGAAUAAACAGUUUAUGUUUCUGUAGAUAGAAAAAAUAACAUUGAACUUUAGCAUAGAUGUAGAAAGAAAUGAACAAAAGCAACCUGUGCUGACAAGGGAAAACUUGAGAUGCCUUGAAACUUUGCAGCUGGAGACUGUCUUAAGGAAAAAAAGCAGUGUUUGCAAAGCACAGGAUUCACUGCUUUUUUAGGAUAUUGGUUUAAUAUGUUGAUGCAGUGUGACGGGGAAACUUCCCCAGCAGAAAGUAUUUAGACAAGUUUCCUGCUUUCUAUUCAGUGAGGAGGAGGACUCCAGAUUAUUAAGACUGCAAGAAUAGAUUCAAAGAUUUUCUACUUGCUGGUAAAGACUGCCUUGUGGUGGAAGGAAAACCCUCUGGGUCACCCUUCUCCGUAGCCUCCAAACGUUUUGCCUCUCAUGACACAAUGCUGUAUAGCAGGGGGUCCUCACACUUUUUAACCAAGGGGGCCGGCGCGCGGAUGCAGUGGCAGGCAGCCAUCUGCGGCUGCUUGGUUUCCCCCCCAACCCCCGGCGGGGGGGGUGGGGGGGUGUCUGCAAAUACCGGGGGCCGGAUUGAGGACCCUGGGGGGCCGUAUCCAGCCCGCGGGCCGUAGUUUGAGGACCCCUGCUGUAUAGCAUUGCUGUUUCCCAGGACCGGUGGGAAAGGCGCUGACUGCAUUGAAUGGCUUCCUGCUGAAACUAUUUUGGUUUAAGGAACAAGCUUCCUGUGGUUAUUCAGCAUGCUACUUCAAAACUUGAAAUGAUGAUUCAAACACCCUCCAAUGUCAGAACCACUGCUGAUAGUUACCAAAUUGAGUAAGUUUUGAAUCGGUUAUGUGUUUUUUGUUGGAAGAGUAGUAAAAAAAUCUAGUAAAUGAUUGCUGUAAAUUAUUUAUAUAUGUAUAUAUAGCAUAUAUAUAUAUAUAUA